UGCUAGCUGUGGCAAUGCACCCUGUUUAUGAGAGACAAAAAGCAGUCCGAGGCGCAGUCCAAAAAAAUGUGCAAAUUGUGAAUAUUAUAGUUUUGUAUUGUUUGUUUUUCCUAAUUAUUGUUUGUGAGCUUAUUCCUUAUUAGCUCUUGUUCUGGUUUGUAAAAACAAAAACAAUAAAAAGAAAAAAAUUAUUAAAAUUGAUUAAAGUUGAAAGUAUUUAAGUUGUUUUCUAAUUUGUUCGUGUUUUGGUUUGUAAAAAAAGUGCAGGGCACUUAAUGUGGCAGGUCCGGCACUGCACCCAGUUUGUGAGAAGCUUAUCUUUGUUUGUACAUAAUAAUUGAGAGGACACAGGAUGCAUAAAAAAGGUCAUCAGGAAGUUAAUCUUACAUAAAAAAUGCAUGCUAUAAUAUCCUGUCUACGCCUAAUUUCAUCCCCCGUGGCCGGCUGCUGACACUGGCCAUCUCUGCCUCUGCCCCUGCUGCCCAUUGGCACAGCAGCCGGAGCAGGAGGACCACAAAGGGGAGGGCCGUACGUCAGGCCCCCUCUCCUCCCUGCAGCAGAAGAUGUGUGCUCCUCUUGAGUGGGAACUGUUUGUGAAAGACUCCAGAGCCUGAGCGGUCAACUCUAAUUAUCAGGUGUUGUGAGCAGCUUCUGUCCCGAGUGGACGUGCGCAGGCCUCUCCAUCUGAAGUGCAGCCAGAGAAGACUUGUGACUCUGUCAAGCGUGGAGGCCAGAGAGAGAGAUGGACACGUGCGCCUGCGCUUUGGAGCUGCUGGGGAUGCUGGUCUAUGUCGGAGCGUGGCUGUGCGCUUUAGCCACCACUCUCUUACCGCAGUGGCUGACCAUGUCCACUGCUCUGCUGCCGGUGGAGAGCUACGAGCUGGGCCUGUGGGAGACGUGUGUGGUGCAGGAUGUCGGGGGGAUGGAGUGCAGAGCUUAUGACAGCCUGCUGGGCCUCUCCAGUGACCUCAAGCUGGCCCGCAUGCUCAUGUGUGCUUCCCUUGCUGUGGGCAUGCUGGGAAUGCUGGUGGCUAUACCUGGACUUUACCUGGUCAACAGCUGUAAAGAACACGGAGGCUGCAGACGUAAGAGAACUUUAACCAUCCUAGGAGGGGUGCUGGGGAUGAUCUCUGGAGUGCUGUGUCUGAUCCCCGUGUCCUACAUGGCUCAUUUAGCCGUGAUACAUUUCUUUGAUGAUACAGUACCUGAUGUGGUGCCACGCUGGGAGUUUGGCGAUGCCUUGUUCUGCGGCUGGGCCGGAGGAUUUCUUCUCAUAGUGGCCGGGCUCCUCCUGGUCACCUCUUGCUCGUGCUCACAGGUGGAGCCUCAGCCUGUAAUGCAGAGGAGAUACCAGGUCAUGAGUACAGGUGCUCCCCUCGGGAAGCGCUCAGAGUAUGUUUAAGGGACAAAUCAUGAAAGAAUUGCCUGCGUAGAGACUGACAGCACGACACAAUCACCUGUAGAGCUGCACUUCAAACUGCUUUGAAAUAAUGAUGUGAAGAUCUGGUUUUAUAUCAAAGACAACAUCCUGUGU